AUGAUCACGCCAGAAAACUGCUAUAUGCUCAGCCUGUGCGACGACAUGGGCUGCGGUUACUCCUGCGUGCCGCGCUAUGAGAGCCCCUUAGGACCCCAGCGGUACGGCUGGGACCGGCAGCGCCAUUGCUCGAUCACAUAUACACCGCCAAUAAUUACACCUCGUACCAGUGAACUCAGUAUUGCCCUCGAUAUGCUUCUCGAGUUUGAAUUAGAAGUAGGCUCGUUGAUGAUCGACCGCAUCCGAGCGACCAUCAGUGAAAGUCCAAACGAGAGCACCAUUUUGAGAGAGCUGGUACCCUUCUUCAAGGACGCUAUCAAACGCUCAGACGAAAUCAAGACUGUCAUUGAUGACAUGGAUCAACCGUCUUUGCGUACGCUGCUUAGAGAUAGCUAUAUCACGAUCACGCAGUUACAAGGCACCUGUCUAUCGGAGGAGGAGCGAGAGGAACGUGCAGAAGAGGAGGCCGAGCGCAUCAAGAAUGCCCAGGAGCUCCAAGUUGAGCAAGAAGCCAGGCGUGUUCGACUAGCUCAGGAGCUCCGAGCUGAGGAAGAGGUCCUGGCCAGACGUAUUCAACUACCACAGGAAAAGCGAGCAAAAGAAGAUGCGGAACGCCAUAUUCGUGAUCGCCAAGCCGAGGGGGAACGACAAAGACAGAGAGCAGAGCGUGCUAGACACAUGAGGGAAGCACGGCAGAACAGCGAUAGCAAGAAAGAGAGAGACAAAGAGCGGAUCGCCGCAGGAAAGAGCAGGAACACCUCAAAAGAGCCAAUGAAUUCCACACCAACAAGAAUUGCCAGGCCACAUGCCCUUGCGCAGCAGAGGAACGGCGGCAGAGACAAGAGUCGGAGCGCCGUAGAGAAGAACAAGAGCGCAUCAAGAAAGCCAACGAACUCCGGACCGAGCAAAAACGCCAGGUCAUAUGUCGCUGUGUGGCAGAAGGCCACCCACAGAGACAACAAGCGGAGAACCGUAGACGCGUUUUACAGGCGUAUGAGCAGCAUCAUUGUCAACCACAACAAAUCUUUGGGCCGCAAGACGAACAAUGGAGGCGAGAGGAUGCGGAGCGUACGAAAAGACCUUCUAUGGCAGAAAUAUCAAAAGCAAUCAACGCUAAUUGCACGCAAGCCAGACAACGGAAGCUGGAAUCACAUGCCAGACUACGGAAACAAGAAGCGGAGAAAAGGGGUUUGAGAAAACGAAAAGCAAGCCAGAUGGAGAAUGGAGUCGGCGUUAUUGAUCUGACUAGGCAUAGAUGAGGCGAUGAGAUUCGAUGGUGCUGAACUGCGCAAUGCUGCAAAUAAUAUUGCUAACUCAGCAUGGGUCUGCAAGAACUUCCGGUGUUUCCAGAAUCCAGUCGCCAGGGUGCUUUCAAGCCCGAGAUUUUGCAUUGAAUAAGCAUUAUUACCGCCCUAGGCUUAGGAAUCAGACGUUAGAUGGCAAGAUGCUGCAGAAUUACGGUAAUUGUGAUGUCGUUUGCUAGCUUAGGAACAGCUUCAGAGCACCCCCGGGCCUUCAAUUAGUCGGUCAAAUUCGUGAUUUCGUAUCUAGCU